AUAGUUUGACAUUAAUGCAAGUGUUGGCUGAUGCAUCUCCCUGCUCUGUUAAGUGUAUGUACUGUAUAUUUUUUCUGUUCUGUUUGAAGGUGACAUUUCUUCUUCAAGGCAAAUAUGAGUGACUUGGAGCAAACCUUCCUAGAUGUUGCCAUCAUGGAAGUCCUACCAGAACUUGAAGAAGUAAACAAAAAUAUCCUGGAAGAGCACUUGCAGUCCAUUGGAGUCGAGACGUAUGACGAUCUACGCUUCGUAACAGAGGCUGAUUUGAUGACAGCAUUAAGACCUAUACAAGCCAGAAAGCUUCUUUCCGUUUGGAAACAGAAAUACCAAACUCCAGAGAACAGCUCACUAUCAUCUGUGGAAGCCUCACCUAUCCAGUCGCUGUCAUCGCAGUCUGUUUCACCCCAAAGUUCAUCAUCAACCUCCUCCAGGAGCCCAACACUUGACACACAGUGGGAAGAAAACUUUGAAAUUCCAUGGAGUAAAUUUCCUGAGGAAGUGAUGCAGUCUUUGGAGAGGGGAAAAAGGCCAGGCUCAAAACUGAGGCGGCAAAUGGUCCGUAUUGUUGUAACUGAGAUGAUGGAAAAAUGCCCUCAUGUAGGUAAAAAGCAUUCAACUGACGUUGCAAAAAAAAUGGUGGCAAAAUAUCCCAAAUCUCUGAAAGAUGUAAUAGAGGGCGAUGUUGUUGGAGCAGGUUACCACUCCCUCGUAAAACAAUUGCAAAACAGAAUUGAAAAUGUGAGGCGCUCUUCGACCCCCAAAAUAAGAAAAAGAAAACAUCAGGAUGACUCAGACCACACAGACGAGAUCCCGUUAGAAGAGAGAGCAGCAAUGCAGGACACUUACGGCUGCAUCAGAUGGAAUGUGAAAUUUCUGCCACUUCAAGAAACUCAACAAAGCCAGCAGCAAAAGAUGGAAAAACUCAAGAUGAUGUUCCAAAAUUCUGAUGCCAAUCCAGAGGAGGUAAAAUGUCUAAUGAAGUCCACUUUUUACACACAGCAUCAGCAUAUCAAUCAGGGAAAAAGUAUCAAAUGCCUUAGAGAGGAGUGGCCCUUUUUGUUUGAUGAACUUGGCAUGUCAGUACACUUCAUGGAACUCACUGGGAUUGACCUCAAAGAGACAUUCACACGAAAUCUGGAUUUGAAGGGAAAAAGGCUUCACGACUACUUGACCACAGUUUGUGUCAACAAGAGCAAGAAGUUCCUUCAGAAUUAUGCAAGGCUUCAGAGGAUGCGGGGACCACAGAGUGGCUGCUCAGAUGAUGUGAUAGAGAUGGUCCUGCUACUGCUCAGCUACUUUGAUGAGAAGGAAGAGUUCAUGUUCUUCCAUGUCGAAGAUACGUGUCUGGCAGAGGAGGUCCAACUGGAGCAAGUGCCUCUGACACCCGCUGUUAUUGUCUGUGGACAGUCCUGCUAUUCCUCAACAAGGUAUAUGCUGUGUCUGGAUCGAAACCUUACCAACACAAACAUCUCCUCCUUCAUCCCUGCAUUGUGCCUCAUGUUCGGGAGCUACUACUGUUUUAAUAUCCACUAUCCAUCUGAGCUGGCUUCAACUCUGGAGUUUCUUCAACGGUGCUUUUUCUCGAUAAAUCCAGAAAAAGGAACCAAAGUAGAGAAUAAAAACAACAAGCGUCCUUUCAGCGUGAACCCACGAGUCCUCACCCUGAUACAGGAACUUGCCGAUCACGAGUGGCGUUGAGCCUAAAUGUGGACUCUGUCUGUGGAACUUCAGUAGGAAGUUCAGUAGGUUAAAUAAAACAAAAAAAAAUUUAAUGUUCUUUACAUGUUGUAUAUGUUACAAAAAAACUACUGUAUACUGUUGAACAUUCCAGACAAGAAAUGUCAGUUGUUGUUCAGUGUUUCAACCUGUAUUCAGUCAAAACAUCCAUUACUUGUUCCUUCUUUGCAUGUUGUAUAUGUUAAAAAAAACCCUACUGUAUACUGUUGAACAUUACAGACAAGAAAUGUCAGUUGUUGUUGUUGUUCAGUGUUUCAACCUGUAUUCAGUAAAACAUCCAUUACAUGUUCCUUCUUUGCAUGUUGUAUUAAAAAGAAGAAAAAUCAUCCAAUUGAAACUAUUGAUGAUGGCUGUUAAAUAAAUAUUCCAAAAGUGG